AUGGCUGAACUGGAGGAGUGGAUUGAGAAGAAGGUGGAGGCGAUUUCCGCGCUGGCGGACGCGAUUCGGACGGAAUGGGAGAGCGACGCGGCGCCGUCACCUGUGGGUAUCAAAACAGGGCGCAAGCGAGUUCGUGUGGCGGAUGGCUCUUCCUCAGACCCGAUGGUGAUGCAGCAGCAUCUAACGGCGCUGUCAGCCCAUGCGGAGGCCAUUCGAGAGAAGGUGCGCGGAGUGGGGAGAUAUCUGCGCGGGGGUGAGCAGGCGCAGGGGGGAAGAAUGGAGGGCGGGGGUGAGCGGGGAGGGAACAACGAGGAGCAAAGUGGGGAGGAGGAGAAGGAUGAUCAGAACGAGAAGGAAGAGGAGGAGGCAGGGGAUGGGGAGAAAGAGGCGGAAGCGGAGGUGGAAGGGGGAGGGGAGGUGGGGAUGAUGGACGAGGAGGAGGAGAAGACGAUCGAUCUGGUAGACGAGACAACGGAGGAAGGGGAUGAAGAAAACUUGAAGGGGGACUCUACUGGAGAUGCAAGUGAGGAGAUGGAGCAAGCGCAGCCCCUCGUUGCUGGAAACGGAGGGGGGCAGGACCAGCGGGCAGGGUUGGGGGACGAAGCCAGGGAUAUCAUGCAGGGGGGAGGGGAAGGCGUGCUGGGGAGGGCAGGCGGGGAGCAGAGUGGUGCAGGAGAGGCAGAUGGGCCGGUGGGGAACGACCUGGUACUGUCUGUGAAGCGAUGGGCGCAAGAGGCAGGGCUGUGCGGAGCAGCAGCAGAAGCAGCAGCAGCAGCAGCAGCGGCAGGGCAGCCAACACAGAGCAAGGGAGCUGCAGGUGGGGAGGUGCAGAGCGCAUUAGUGGGAGGGAAACUCAGAGACGAGGCACUCAAGGUGCGGCUGCAGGAGGAAAUACACGCGCUGCUGCGGCUCAUCCCGGCUGACAAGCAGGUGAUUCAGACACGCGUGAUCAACGGAAUGGUCUGCUUUCUCUCUUCUCUGUCCCCCAAGACACAGCAGAGCAUCCCUACAGUGCAGCGGACCGUUCCUAAAAUGCAGCAGCUCGAUGGCAACCCCGCAGCACCGCAGAUCACCUCUGAAUUACAGGAGAUCACCCUCUCCCAACGAAACCUCCACUACUUUCUCUCACUCGCUCCCGCCUGCCGCCCCACCCUCCUCCCCUCCCUCACCUCCCUCACACUCGACCACGCCUCCCCCGUCUCCACCCGUGACAUGCUCUCCCUCGUCCAUCUACCCUCCCUCACCUCGCUCUCCUUCCUUCAAACCCCCAUCGCUCCAUCCGUCCUGCCCCUCAUCCAGCCCUUCUCCCACCUCCACCAACUCGUCCUCGACUGCCCCGGCCCAUCAACCCUGGCUUUCAGUUCAGGCCCCUGGCCGUUGAAGAACCUGAGGGUGCUGCAUGUGAGCCGGGUGACCAACGCAGUUCUGGAGCACGUGGGCAUGCUGAGGAGACUGGAAGUCCUCUCCUGCACGUGCUGUGAGGGGGUGGGCUUCAUGGGAUGGCUUUGCCUGGUCGGGUUGAAACGGCUGAGGCGGCUGCGAGUGGCACCAGCAGACCUGGGCGAUCAUGGCCUGAGGAUGGACUAUCCCAAGGGAAGAUUACCGGUGGUCUCACGAGUGUAUGCAAGGCCACAGAAGAAGCAGGGGGGCGUACUUUGGGAGAAAGUUGGAGAAGGUGUUGAAGGGGGUGUUCAUGAGAGUGCACGCCUGAAUCACUUGGAGGGAUUGCCGAGCCAAGAUGACGAUAGCGGGGUGUGGCAUUUGCUGAGCUCUCUGCCACUUCUGGAGCAUUUGGAGUUGCAUGCACCACCACGCUACAAGCACGCCUUCGUGUCGCUGGAUGAGUUGUGCUUUCUCACCACUCUCCACAUCACUGGGGCUGCCCUUGACAAUGACGAUCUCAAAUGGUUGACUCGCGUGACUCAGUUGACCCACCUCAGCCUUGCUGGCUGCACGUUCCCAACCGAGAGCGAGGUUCAACGAUGGUGGGAUCCCCCCUGUAGUGUGGUGAAGAGAAUAGCAGACUCCAUGCCGAAGCUGGUGUCCCUUGACCUGUCGGGAACGGCAGUCACUAAAGAAGACAUCUUCGAACUGAAAUAUUUGAAGCACUUGGAGCGCUUGACUCUGCAGCAGUGCUGCAAUCUGGGCCAGUCGUUUGUGCGGUUCCUCAGGUUCUUGCCUCGCCUCAAGGAGCUGGACUUGAGCUUCAACAACAUGCUGGCUGCGUGGUUGAGGCAUGUUGUGGAAGGGAAGCGGGUGAGGCGGCUGAGUGUGAGGGGGUGUGGGUACAAGGAGAAGACCGUGCGUGGGCUUGAGCGGCCUUGGCUUGUGAUAGAGGCGUGA